GUAUACAGAUUGCAAGCUCCCUAGAGCAAAAACUCUAUAAGGAAUUGAGGAAUGAAAAUUUUCACGCAGUGAAAGUUGUUAUGUGUAUUUACAGGAAAUUGAUAUCAUCUUGCCGGGAGCAAAUGCCUUUGUUCGCAAAUAGUUUAAUGACUAUUGUUCAAACCUUGCUAGAUCAACCAAACAACGAAGAAAUUUUACUUAUUGGAUGCCAAUCGCUCUUUGUUUUCGUUAAUAACCAGAAUGAUGGAACUUACAUGUUUACCUUAGAUGGAUUUAUUCCAAGGCUCUGCGAGCUUGCCCAAGAAGUUGGAGAAGAUGAGAAGGUGCAACAUUUAAGGGCAGCUGGGCUGCAAACUCUAUCUGCUAUGGUUUGGUUCAUGGGCGAAAACUCACAUAUUUCAGCUGAAUUUGACAAU